CCCGGCGCCCCCUGCCCCGGCCCUCCGCGGCCCCCGCGCGCCUUCCGUGGGCUGCGGAGUGAGGGCGCGGCGGAGUCCCUCCAGUGUUGCCUCACGACGCCUUUUUCGGGGCUGCCGAAGUCCGCCUUCCGCGCGCCCUAAUUCUGAGGAGGUCGCUUUCCAAGCAACAGGCUUGAGAGCCGUGAUCCUCAAACUUGCAGGAAUCGAGUGAACUGAGCGUCUGGAGAAUUACCCUGGGACGGUUCAGAACCGUUGGGGGAUGGCGACUUGGGGUAGUUGGUCCUCGACGAGGCGGACCUGUGAACUUCAUCGAGAUAAACAGUGUGUGGGAGUCUUGGCCUGGGGACUUUGAAUCUUCGCCGCAUUCCUAUAUGGAGUCUACUUCCGGUGUUCCUCCGCGACCACACUUUGAGAAACACGGCGCGAACGAUGAUUUUGAGAAAAAGGGGAAAAAAGAAGUUUGCCCUGUCCUGGAUCAGUUUCUUUGUCAUGUAGCCAAGACUGGAGAAACAAUGAUUCAGUGGUCCCAAUUUAAAGGCUAUUUUAUAUUCAAACUGGAGAAAGUAAUGGAUGAUUUCAGAACAUCAGCUCCGGAACCAAGAGGUCCCCCAAAUCCUAAUGUAGAAUAUAUCCCCUUUGAUGAAAUGAAGGAAAGAAUACUGAAAAUUGUCACUGGAUUUAAUGGUAUCCCUUUUACUAUUCAGCGGCUAUGUGAAUUGCUAACAGAUCCAAGGAGAAACUAUACAGGAACAGACAAGUUCCUCAGAGGAGUAGAAAAGAAUGUCAUGGUUGUUAGCUGUGUUUAUCCUUCUUCAGAGAAAAAUAAUUCCAACAGUUUAAAUCGAAUGAAUGGUGUUAUGUUUCCUGGAAAUUCACCAAGCUAUACUGAGAGGUCUAACAUAAAUGGGCCUGGAACACCCAGGCCACUUAAUCGACCAAAGGUUUCUUUGUCAGCCCCCUUGACAACAAAUGGUUUGCCUGAGAGUACAGAGAGCAAAGAGUCAAUUUUACAGCAAAAUGAAGAGAAAAAUCACAGUGAUUCUCCAGCGUCUGAAUCAGAAGUUUCCUCUGUGAGCCCUAUAAAAAAUAAACAUCCAGAUGAAGACACUGUGGAAUCUGAGGGGCAUGAGGUAAAAAGACUCAGGUUUGACAAAGAAGGUGAUGUCAGAGGGACAGCCAGUCAGACAACCUCCAGUGAGAUUUCUUCAGUUAUGGUGGAAGAAACAGAAGCUUCGUCUUCAUCUCAGGAGAAAGACAAAGAAAGUAGUUGUACCAGGCACUGUACAGAAGAGGAUGAAGAGGAGGAUGAAGAAGAAGAAGAAGAGUCUUAUAUGACAUCAAGAGACAUGAUCCCAGAAAGAAAAAAUCAAGAAAAAGAAUCUGAUGAUGCCUUAACUGUGAAUGAAGAGACUUCUGAGGAAAAUAAUCAGAUGGAGGAAUCAGAUCUGUUUCAAGCUGAGAAAGAUUUACACUCUGAAGGUAGUGAAAAUAAAGGCCCUGUAAGUAGUAGUUCAGACUGCCGUGAGACAGAAGAGUUAGCAAGCUCUAAUUCCAGUAAAACUGGAGUGAGUCUCUCAGAAUCAUCCAUGGAAAAUGAUGAGGAAACCUCAGAAGUCACAGAUGAACCAAUGGAACAAGACUAACUACUUAGAAACAUUUAGAUACAGUAUUUUACAUACAGUUCUGGUUUUACACUGUAUAAAAAAAACUUUUAUGUAAUAAAGUGGACCUUUAGUUUUACAAGAGAAGCAGGUUGUAAAAUAAAGUACUUUAAGGAUAAAUCCUCAAAGAGUUGUAUAUGUAAGAACUGUGAAUAUCAGCUCCUCUGGGUCCUGCUUACCGCCGACUUUUUUUGGGGGGGAUGGUGGUGGUCUGGUCAAAUCAGUGGUUUGUGUAUAGAUUUUUUUUUUUAAUUUAGAAUUGAAGUUUUUAAACUGGAAAGUAAUUAUAAUUUUGAAAAUCUUUUCAAGAUUAUCACAUUUAGUUUAUACAUAUGCAAGAAUGGUUUGUCUUGUCUGAAGCUGUAGAGUUUUCAUAUUUUGGUCAUAGUUUCAACAUUUUAACAUGUGAGUUAUAGGGUUUCAUGCUGGUUUCCAGAUUUUAUUGUUUGACGGUGUACAAUGGAACAUAUAUACAUAUAUAUAUUAUUCUAAGGGGGGAAAUGUUAUAUUUUUCUGUUUCUAUAAGAGACAAAUACAGUGAAUACUUUUUCUAUUGGUAAUGAUUGAGUUCACUUCUUUCAGAAGACAUUUUCUUUCUCUUCUGAGUAAUUCAAAUAAAAUCUGGCCCUUGUGGAACCCUGGAAAUCCGAAGUCUGUUGAAAUAACCAGGUUAAACACAUUCCAAGAGAUAUGCUCAAACUAAAAUUCUUUUGUAUACUUCAGAGGUGCCUGAGAAAAAAAAGACUUCAUUAUUUAUGAGAAAAUGUGCUUUAUCUUGGAAAUUGUGUUCAGACCUUAGCUAUUUUGUACAAUGAAUGCUUAAGAAGCUGAUCUGAGACCAUCUCAGAAAAACCCAGCAAGUUCUAUAACCUUUGGUUUGCUUUUCUGAAUAUUGUGAAUAUCACAUUUCUUUCUAAAUUAUUUAGAGAAUGCAGAUGUCAUGGUAUGAAACACCACUGUCCUGGGAGAAUUAAUAUAUUACUUUAGUAAUGUACCUGAGCUAAAAUGACUGAGGCAGUAGGGGUACAUAGAAACCACCAUAGUUUGUAUGACAUUUUGAAGUGAAUGAAAUAUUUUUGAACAUGCUUCUCCAACAGCCAGUGUUAUAUUUUUCAGAUCAACACAAAGCACAAUUACUCUAAACUCAAUAUUUUCAAAUUCACAUAUUUAAAGUCAUGCAGGCUGCAACUUCCCGGUCAGAAUUACUGGCUGCCAAAUUUAUACCUGUUUCUUCAGCUGUACCUUUUGAUAUUUAGAAUUUUUAAAUUUCUGUAAAGUAGAUUUUGUAGAAUGUAAUGUGUUCACUGCCUUUGUGAAGCGGUAUAUAAUUGUAUAAUUUCUGUGUGUAAACUGAAUGCUUGGGCUUUCAAUACAGUAUUCAUAUAAAGCAAUAAAUAUUAAUGUUAUGAAAUAUCUGACUACAUUUUUAUCAAAACACAACAGAAUCCCCUUUAUAGUUUCAGAUACUGGACAUACACACAUGAAUUUAAAAACUAAUGCAAACAAUUUCUGACACUGUGUUUCAUGCUUUGGGUGAUUUGGAGGGAAACCACAAGUUUUGCGUUUUGACUACUUAAAAUUGUUAUGAUUAUAAAAACCAAAAUGAUUUGGCUCCGUUUAUGUUUGUAGAGUAAUAUACUACUGACUGACUUGACUGUCAGGUUCACAGCAGCUAGUUAAUAUAUUUAUGAAUAUGCCUGGUAGUUGAAAUCUGAAUUUUGAUUUACUGUACCCAAGAGAGGGAAAACAUCAUUGUAAAUUUGAAGAACUUUUUUUUUGCAAAAUAUGUCAAAACGAAGCAAAUUUUAAAUGUGAUGUUCAUUUGUAGUGACUUGUUUUGAGGGAAAUUUUGCCAAUGAAAACUGAUUUUAAACAUUUUUAAGUUUAGAAAUUUUCUUUAGAAUAUUUAUGAAAUUAUUGUCAAUAAACCUAUUCUUUAAGCUCCUGUGACCUUUUGAUAUAUUUUUUUUUAAUUGUAGUGCCAUGGACCAUUUGUAAACAACGCAAUUUACUUUUGGUAUUAGUUGAAGACUUGGCAUCAUGACUUGAGGUCUGUGGUUUUAUUUGUAAACUUGCAAUUGCUAUUUUGCAAGGGCAAAUGUAUUUCUUUAUUAAAUAAAGUACAAAUAAUGGUGAAUGUACCAAAAUGACAUCACUGAACUCUAUGAGAGAUCUGCGUUUUAAUCUAUAGUUUAAUAUUUAUUAGAUAUUCAUAUGUUGAUCAUAGAUCAAACUUGUUGCUGUUUAUACAGGUAAUUGUAGAAUGCUGAUGGAAUUUCUUUAGGAUAGGUGGAAUACUUCUGUAGUUAAUUUGGGGAAUCUUGUUCAGCUGUUUUUAUCAGUGGCCAUUUGAAAGUAAAUUUCCACAAGUAUGCAUAGGUGCACAUAAUAGGCUUUGCUCAAUGAAAAUGUCAGUUUGAAUAGUAACUGACUCAUGAAUUUUUUAAAAGGCUAGUUUUAGGCACAUUUUCUUAACUCAAAGUAAGUCCUCAUAAAAGAUUGAAACGGAGAAAAGCAAGACUUAAAUGGUGGAAGAUACUUGUUUCUUGACCUUAAACAGCUGUCAUGUUAAUUAUGUUUAGGUAAAUUUAAUCCCUUUAGUGUUUGUCACAAAUAGACCUUUCAGAAGUAUAGACAGAGCAAUGAAAUUGCCAGGGAAGGAUUAAUCCAUAACCACUUGCCUUGGAAAGGUAUUCUAGAAGUCCUGGACCAGAAGGUGUGGCCUGUUAAAGCAUUGAAGUUCAGACUGUUUUAUUUUGCUGGUGUAGAUAGGCAUGUAUCUAUGCACUUUUGCAUUUGUAAAAUCAAUUUUUCCAAUAAUGUAAUAUAUUAGUUUACUUAUAAAGGUACUUGGGCAGAAUCUAAAGUUGCUACAAUGUUUAUGAAAACUGUAACUUAAGGUUGAAAAUGCAACUUGUAGAACCAAAGGAAAUAAAAAUUUGGGGUAGUGUUUUAAAUUGUCUUUGAACAGGAGUUUCUUAAAUGUGUGGAUUUGGAUAAAAAUGAAGGUCCGUUCUCAAGAUGUGUGCUAGUCAUAAAAUGGAUGAAUGCAAAAAAACACCUUGUAAUUUCAUGUGGAAUUAUUAAAAUUAGGUUUCCUGAGUUAUUGAUCUAAUAUGGAUGCUAGUAUGUAUUGGUUAGACUACAUCAAUUUCACAUUUUAAAAAUGAUCCGUACACUUAAGAAUUUUAUUUCAACUUGGAGCCUAGAUUACUUUGCCAAAUAAAUGUAUUAUUUUCAUAAUGCAAUAAAAUAUAAAUCAGAAUA